ACCCUUCCACCGAUCUACCUUUCUCAGCAGAGCAUCUGGGUUGGUCUUGAAGCCUCCAGUCACUGCCCACUGGCCAGGAUCUUGCUGGGGCAGCCAUGAAGUCCCUUGCCCUGCUCUUCUGCCUUGCUCAGCUCUGGGGCUGCCACUCAGCCCCGCAUGGUCCAUGGGUGGGUUAUUUGGUACUGAACUGUGAUGACCCAGAAACAGAGCAAGCAGCCCUGGCGGCCGUGGACUACGUCAAUCGCCACCUUCUUUGGGGAUUCAAGCACAUCUUGAACCAGAUUGACAAAGUGAGGGUGUGGCCUCGGAGGCCCUUCGGAGAGGUGUUUGAGAUGGAAAUCGACACCCUGGAGACCACCUGCCAUGUUCUGGACCCCACCCCCCUGGCAAACUGCCCCGUGAGGCAGCUGCAUGAACACGCGGUGGAAGGAGACUGCAAAGUCCACGUGUUGAAACAGGACGGCCAGUUUCACGUGUUGUCUGCAAAAUGCGAUUCCAGCCCAGACUCGGCCGAGGAUGUGCGCAAAGUGUGCCCAGGCUGCGCCCUGCUGGUCCCACGUAACAACACCGCAGUGGUGCACGCUGCAGAAGCUGCCCUGGCUGCCUUCAAUGCGCAGAGUAACGGCUCCUACUUUCAGCUGGUGGAAAUUUCCAGGGCUCAACUUGUGCCUCUCCCAGAGUCUACCUAUGUGGAGUUCGUAGUGGCUGCUACUGACUGCGUUGCUAAAGAGGUCACAGACCAGAGCCAGUGCAACCUGCUGGCCGACAAGCAAUAUGGCUUCUGUAAGGCGACGCUCACUAAGAAACUUGGAGGGGAAGAGGUUGCAGUGACCUGCACGGUGUUCCAAACACAGCCUGUGGUUCCGCAGCCCCAACCCGACGGCACCAACCAAACAGCCUCCAGCCCUGCAGUGGUACCAGAUGCACCCUCGCCCCCUCCAGCUAGCCCGCCAGCAGCCUCCCUGGUGGUGGGACCCAUGGUGGUGAAGACUCCCCAAAAGCCCCCCUUGCACCAGGCUCACUACGACCUGCGCCAUACCUUCUCAGGUGUGGCCUCCGUGGAGUCAGCCUCAGGAGAAGCAUUCCACCAGGCAAAGGCACCCAGCGUGGCACAGCCCGGUGUUGCUGUUGCUACUGGUCCAGCGCCCCCUGUCUGCCCAGGGAGGAUCAGAUACUUCAAGGUCUAGGCUGGACACAACAGAGAUAAGAAGGUUGGGCACGGAGAACACAGCCACCAUGUAUAUUGUCCAAGUCUGGGGGCCUUGUCUGCUGUCAAAACAAGUGUCACAUGUGGAACAGGUUAAUAUCAACUCUUGAAUCCCAACUUCUCUUCACUCCUCAGAGGACAGAAGCAGAGGGGGUGAUGGUGGUACCUGAUGGAAGGCAUAAGGCCCACAACCUGAUUGUCAUUGUGUAGGUGAUGAGUCACUGCCAUCAUGUCCUCCGCCUUCUGGCUGAGAAACAGCUAUAACUGUGACUUCUAGAGGUGCUAUUGUUAAGCUUGUAUCCGUCUAUUAAUAAAAGUGCCUGAAAGAGCUUCCUUAAUAAAGAAGGUUCUAAGCAAAA